UUUCCGUGUUACUAUAGGUGAGAAUGAGACACAGAACCGGAAGCCGAACCAUAGCAUUCAAGUUCCAACUCUUCAUUUCGCUCUGUUGCAGUGUUAAGCCACGAGAGAGACAGAGAGUUAGAGCAAAGCAAAACGCACAAUGUCUUUUGCAGCAUCUAGGGUUUUCAAGGGCUGCAGAGCCCUCUUAGCCCCAACGAAAUCCGCUGCCUCUACAACAACCACCGCUGCGUCAAAAUCCAAAGCCACAAAGGCAGCAGCACGGAAACAGAAGCCAAAUCCGACAAAGCCUCUUAAGCCUUCUGGCAUACUGAAAGUCACCCCCGUAUCCCCCGCUCUUCGCGACUUUCUCGGUGUUCCUGAAUCUUCUCGCAGUGAUGCGGUGAAGAAUAUCUGGUCUUAUAUCAAGCAGCACAACUUGCAGAACCCUGCUGAUAAGAAGGAGAUCUUUUGUGAUGAGAAGCUGAAGAUCAUUUUUGAUGGAAAAGAGAAAGUUGGAUUCCUGGAGAUUGGAAAGUUGCUAUCACGCCAUUUUGUGAAGACUGGUUAAAUGUCAUUGUUGGGUGUUUAAUUUAUGGCUUGACUCUUCGUGGAGCCGGCUCUAGACUACUAAUCUUGAAUCUAUGUGCUGUAAUGUUGAUGGUUUCCUGUUGUUUUAGAGCCUGGCCAGGCUUUUAUGGAUUGUAUUGCAACUGGAACAAGUCGUUAGCUGGACAUAUUUUAAAAUUGGCUAGGAAAAAAGGACUUGCAUUUUAA